CACUUUGACAGUGCUAAAAGGAAAACAUGAAGUGAAAUGCUUAAUUAAAAAUUGUUGGGCAAGAUGUAUUAGGUAUAUCUACAAGUCUUAUUUCUUUUUCCUGGACAAUUAACAUUCUAUGUAUGUAUGUUCUAUGUACUAAAACACAGAUGUAAGCGGCCAUCUACAUUUUCACUGUUUGCUCCAUGCUAUUACAGCGUUUUUGUGUUAUUCUACGUCACAUUACAAAAAAAAAAAAAAAACCUUGGAUGUCUCGGAUGUUCCGUCAAUGGACCCUUUUUGUUUAGAUGAACAAUAGAGUCCACCCUCCCCUUUCAAAACCAAUAGCAUUUUCUCUGAGUGGUGUCCAGGGAGAAGGUAUAAAAACAGGUGGUACCUAUCUCUAACCAACAGAUCUCUUCUAAUAUCUAUGAAAAACACUGACUUACACAGAGCACCUCAAAACAACGUAUCAACCGGCAACACCUCAGUAACCAGCAUGCAGCACUUAAAUGGCAGGGCAGAAAGCCACAUGAGCAGUAAGGUAGAGUGUGAACUAGAGAGUGUAGGGAAACAAGGGUGGGUGAACCAGGCAUACUGUGACACCCCCCCACUGGAAAGACACUCCGUCAGCACUGUCUACAACAUUUCACCCCAUUUUGGUGCACCAAACCCCUACCAGGCCGAGGCCACGAUGCUACAUCAACAGCCAGAGAAGAAGAAAUCUGGAUGCUGCUCUGCUUUCUUUAAAGGACUAUGGGGAACAACAAUGACAGAGGACACAACAAAAAAUAAAGAGCUCUUUCUCAAAACAACUCUCAGAGAGUUAUUUGUCUACAUUCUUUUCCUAGUGGACAUGUGUUUAUUGACCUAUGGCAUGACCAGCUCAACCAGCUACUACUACACUAAAGUUAUGAAUGACUUGUUUGUGAAUUCAUUUGAGUCCAUUGGCAGCAUGGAUGAUUUUUGGACAUAUGCUGAAGGUCCACUGAUAGAUGGCCUUUACUGGACUACAUGGUACAAUGACCAGCCUCUUGACACUGGGUUACACUCCUUCAUUUACUACGAGAACAUGCUCCUGGGAGUCCCUCGUAUGCGACAGAUAAAAGUCAAAAACAAUUCGUGCAAGGUGCCCACAGACUUUCGUGCUGAAAUCACCGACUGCUUUGAUGUGUACAAUAACAAGAAAGAAGAUAACACUGACUUUGGACUUGUCAAUGGAUCAGCCUGGACAUACCACACAGAAACUGAGAUGAAAGGGUCAGAUCACUGGGGUUUGCUGGCCACAUACAGUGGAGCAGGGUAUUAUCAGGACCUUGCCUUGACCGAAAAUGAAAGCACUGCCAUCCUGGCAGAACUCAAAGAAAACCUGUGGCUGGACCAUGGAACCAGGGCCAUUUUCAUUGAUUUUUCCACAUACAAUGCCAACAUCAAUUUGUUCUGUGUUAUAAGGUUGGUGGUUGAGUUCCCCGCCACCGGUGGAGCAAUACCUUCAUACCAGAUCCGGACAGUUAAGCUGAUUCGGUACGUUACCUCAUGGGAUUACUUCAUCCUCGGCUGUGAGAUUGUCUUUUGUGUGUUUGUCCUUUACUACAUUGUGGAGGAGAUACUGGAGGUCCGCAUACACAAGUGCUCAUACUUCACCAACAUCUGGAACAUUCUGGAUGUGGUAGUAUUACUGCUUGCUGUUGUUGCAAUCAUCUUCAAUGUAUUCCGGACUAUCAAAGUAAACAAACUACUUGGAAGCUUACUAAAAGACCCUAGCAUCUAUGCAGAUUUUGAAUUUCUGGCAUUUUGGCAAACUCAGUACAACAAUAUGAACGCUGUUAACUUGUUCUUUGCUUGGAUCAAGAUAUUCAAAUACAUCAGUUUCAAUAAGACAAUGUCCCAGCUGUCCUCCACACUGGCACGCUGUGCCACAGACAUCCUGGGGUUUUCUGUCAUGUUCUUCAUUGUGUUUUUUGCCUAUGCCCAGCUGGGCUAUCUUCUUUUUGGUACUCAAGUUGAGACAUUCAGCACAUUUCAAAAAUGCAUUUUCACCCAGUUUCGGAUCAUCCUUGGAGACUUUGACUACGAUAGCAUUGACAACGCAAACAGAAUCCUGGGUCCGAUAUAUUUUUUCACUUAUGUGUUCUUUGUCUUCUUUGUGUUACUGAACAUGUUUCUGGCCAUCAUCAACGAUACAUACUCUGAGGUCAAGGAGGAGCUCGCCUCCCAACAUGAUGACCUCCAUAUUACAGACCUUUUCAAACAGACCGUGAUGAAGCUGAAAUUCAAAAAGGACAGGAUCUCAGAUGUCCAGAAGGCCUUAGAUGGGUCAAAUGACUUAGACUUUAGGGACUUCCGAGAAACGCUAAAAGAAAUGGGUCAUGAUGAUCGUGAUAUCUCAGAAGCUUUCUCCAGAUAUGACCAGGAUGGCAAUCAGAUUCUAGACCGUGAGGAGCAGGAGAAAAUGAAACGAGAGCUGGAGGAAAAAAGGAAUGCACUCAAUGCGGAGCUUCGUAAUCUUACGAAUAGAAAUAAAGCAGAAGACAACGAGAAGAAAAACUCAAGCUCAGCGAUUCACGAACAGCUUCAGAUGUUGGUUAAACAAGUGGCUGAAUUGGACGGUGCUCUAGCCAUCACAAUAUCCAAGACUGACAUGAUCAUGGAAAAACUGGGAUUGCAGGACAUUGAAAAAGCAAACAAAAAACACAACAAGGGAAAAGCACCUGGCAACGAGAAAUGAGCAAGAGGGGUGAACAUCUGGAAAGCGAUGUUAUGGUAAACCUAGAGCAAGUUCCCAUCUUGGUCACUCGCUGCUCAACUGAGAAAUGAAGGAAUUAAUUUUCAAAUAUUCUAGCCCACUGUCACAGAGAACAUUAAAUCUACACGUCACUGAAGCAAGCAACCAAAAUACUUACAACCUUAAUGGCUGGGAAACUAUGAGAAUAGGAAAACUACACCUAUUAUAGAAAAUCUUAC